AUGAGCGUACUCAGGACUUUGCCUGCACGACCCCUCAGCCGAAAUGGACCACUGGUUCCACGCCUGGGACUGGGCCUGAUGGGGUUGAGUGGCCAAUAUGGAUACUCAGCGCCAGAAACAGAACGGCUACGCUUCUUGGAUGAGGCUUAUGAAAGAGGCCAGUGGUUUUGGGAUACCGCCGACAAAUACGGCGAUUCCGAGGAUAUUGUAGGGAAAUGGUUCAUAGAGAACCCUGAAAAGCGCAAAGAUAUCUUCCUGGCUACCAAAUUCGGCAUCAAAUAUACAGACGCGGCACCGGGAUACACUAUCGACUCGAGUCCCGAAUAUUGCCGAACUUGUAUCGAAUCCUCUCUCAAACGACUUGGUCUACCAUUUGUGGAUCUAUACUUUGUCCACCGCCUCGACAAAGUCACUCCGAUCGAGAAGACAAUGGAGAUGAUGUUGGCCCUCAAGAACGCGGGGAAGAUCAAGAACAUCGGAUUGAGCGAGUGCAGUGCCGAGUCUCUUCGUCGCGCACAUGCAAUUCAUCCGAUUACCUGCGUGGAGAUCGAGUAUAGCCUAUUCUGCACGGAGAUUGAAUCUCCGCAUCGGAACCUGCUUGAGACAGCUCGAGAGCUGGGGGUCGCCAUCGUUGCAUACAGCCCUCUUGCAAAUGGGAUUCUCGCGGGAAGCAUUCACAAAAUUGCGGAAACCCCUGGAGAUAAGCGAAGAGUUUUGCCAUGGCUACAAGAGGGGAACCUCGAAAAAAAUGUGGCGAUAAUCGACCAGAUUGCUGAGAUCGCAAGGGCAAAGAAUGCGACUUUGCCUCAACUAGCGCUUGCCUGGUUGCUUGCGCAAGGUGAUGAUAUUUUUCCUAUUCCUGGGUCGUCGAAAAUCGAUCGACUGGAAUCCAACUUGGAAAGUCUCUCGGUUUCAUUAUCAAGGGAAGAGGAAGCUCACAUGCGGCAAUUGGCGCAAGGUAUUGCUGGGGAUAGAUUUCAGAAUCUCACUGGGUAUUCGUUUGGAGACACGCCGGCUCUUGAAGAAUAG